AUGAUUGGUUUUUUCAUCCAAGAUGAACUCCAUCUAAGCGCCCCCCGAAAGAGCCAGUCUUUCCCUCAAACAGACAUCAUAACCGGAACACACUCCCCCCUUCUUUCCUCUUCUUCAGACGUCUUAGGACCUCUGAACUUCAGCAGCGCACCGCUUAGCUCAAGUUCCCAUACUUCUAUACCUUCGAUCGACUUCACGUCGUUCACCACGGAUAACUUCCAGCAACCAUGGCUUCCCACGCCCCCGCCUACACAGCCCUCGGCUUCCAGUUUGAACAACAGCAACAACAACAACAACAACAGUGCACUAGAGGACUUUGUGCUCUAUCCCGCUCCACAGCCCCGUCAGCAGCCUCGAUUCAGAGACUCGCGUUCGCUAGCUCCGAACACUGCCCUUAGGCCGUCUGCCCUUCAGCCCUUUCUGGCGCAGAAUAACCCUCGACGACAUUCUUUCAGUUUGCAGUUGCAACGCCAUCUCCAGCAGCAGUUUCCUGGUUCUCCUGUUCAGGAUCCCAGAGUGACCCAGCUUGCCCGGUCUCCUUCUUACUGGUCUCACCCCACCGUGAAGCACUCUCAGCCUUACUCGGCAACCGUGCCCACCAACUCUCCUCAACGUCCUCCCGUCCCGCCGUUUUACUCCGGUAAUAUCACACCCGAAAAUAGAAAACAGUACAUGCAAUAUCGUCGCAACAUGUCUACCCCCAACUUCCAAGGUACUUCCUUUGGUUCCGUCUUGCAUCCGCGCGCAAACGCUCACACCGCACCAGCACACGACUCUGAACUCUUCGGUCUCCCCUCUGCCGGUGGCAUGGGAUCAUUGACUUUCGACGAACUUCUGGGUCAGGAGACCGGCCCGCUCUCCCCGGAGGCGCCCGCUGGAACCAUCUCCCCCCGCGAUCUGAUGUUCGACCACUCCAUUCCGCCUUCAGGCACCUUCACCGACUUGAGCACUCCCCCUUUCGACUCCCCGGGCACCUUUAGUCAGAACCCUUCUCCCCUGUUCACUGAUGUGGACUACAUGGGCAAUGACGAUUGGGCCCCUCUCUUCCAUGACGGGGCUAUCGGAAACCCGACCGCAUCUGGUCUUUUUGAUGUGUCGGAAUACGCCUCUGUCAUCGCUGAGCCUAAGAAGCAGAUGCAGCCCUCUAUAGAGAUGUCGCCCGCCCCCAAGCCUCUCUCCCCUGCUGUCAAGUCAUCGCCUAUGUCUGCGACCGGCAAAACCAGACACUCCAGUGUUGCUGGCAUCACCCGUCAGCGCAAGGAUCUUUCUCCCAUCGAGUUCGAUCCCCUUGACCCGAUCGCCACUAAGCGUGCUCGAAACACCGAGGCUGCCCGCAAGUCUCGUGCCAAGAAGCUAGCUCGCCAGGCAUCUGCUGAAAGCCGCAUCCAGGCCCUGGAGGAUCAGUUGACCCAGCGUGACGAGAUGAUUGCCAAGCUGCAAGCUCAACUCGCUGUCCUCCAGGCCAACCAGUGA